GAAAAUGGCACAUUUCUAUCGGCAGGGGCUCCUAGUGUUAGUUCUGUUGAUAAUCAUAUCAGAAUGCAGAGACAUCUCAGCUGUGACUGUGUUUGCUACGAUAGAAGAAGAUGCAGUUCUUCCCUGCUUUAGUUCAUAUGUGAUGGAUCCAAGGGGCUGCGAUAGAUUCAAGUUGAUUAAGUAUGCCACAGAUUCCAGUCCGAAGAAGCUUAUACUUGCCAGGCCUACAACAACCAAUGCUAAAGGUGGAAAAUGGGAGGUUAACGGAAGUGAACAAGUGUCUAUUGUUCUGAAAAACACGCAACUAUCCGAUGAGGGACUGUAUGGAUGUGAAAUCUGGAUUGGCUGGGACUGUAUUUUUUUGAAAAACAUUUCUUUGAAAGUGAAAGAUUGCAAAAACCUUCCAGGAGUAAAGGCAAAUACUGGCGGGCCCGUUAACCUGCACUGCCCGGUGGACCAAAUAUCAAGACUAGACGGACCCCGAAAUAUAUCCUGGGUUAGGGUGAUGUUUGGCAACGCUGUGUCUCUGUCUGAAAGGGUUGAAAUGAAUGGGACAUCCUUAGCUUUCCUGUCUGUGCAACCCAGUGACAGUGGUUGGUAUAGAUGUAAGUACGUGCUCGGACAAACUCAUCGCUGCUUUGAAAUGAAUCUACAGGUCCAAGACAAAAAUGAUGUUGUGGCCACAACAAUACCAGGACUGGAAAUCAGUGAGACUAUUUGGCACACAAAGACGGAGACGGAGACGGAGACGGAGAUGGAGACGGAGACGGAGACGAAAAGGAGCAGUGGGGCAUUUCUGCCUGUUCUUGUGACUUCAGUCAUUAUUGGUACUGCCAUAACGGCUGCAUUGAUAGGACUCUUCAUUUACCGCAGGCGUAACACCCAGAGAGUUACACAGGAAACCCACAGGCACACACCACCAGAUACUCGUAUGGAUGUGUAUGACAUAGUGAAUCCUCCACCUUCAGAGGCUCGAGACCACACUCUGUACGAGCAAUUCCUGGAUGAAAGCCUUUGUACUUUCCGGUAAUGUUCAAUCUACUCAAGACAAAGAAGAAGAUUUUCCCCGAAUGAGCAAAGUCCUUACUGUGUAUUCAUGUGACCUAUAAAGUGUUUGUCUUUGAUCUUUAUAUAGAUCAACAUAUAAAAUGAAAUGCUGAGCUUUCAGAGUCAUCCUUUUUGUAAUGUUUGUGUUCAU